UUAACCUAUAUAAACCUUUGUAGACUCAGUAUCCACGAUGGAAUCAGACGAACUCCUUCGACCAGUUGCCCCAAUACUGGAUUGGAAGACAGUUCACCACAAGUUUCCAUGGGCAGUAAUGCUUCUUAUAACUGGAGGCUUUGCUAUGGCGAAAGGGGCAACGGAAUCUGGUUUCUCCGAAUGGUUGGGAGAUCAACUGAUAUUUCUUGGUGGAAUCGAAACUUGGGCGAUCUGUCUCAUUGUUACAAUUGUCGUAUGCUUGUUCACCGAAUGCUCAAGCAAUGUGGCGACCGCUUCAAUAUUCGUACCAAUACUGGCACAAUUGGCUCAAUCACUUGAAGUCCAUCCCUUGUAUCUCAUGUUACCUCCAGUAUUGGCCGCCUCCCUAGCUUUCAUGCUACCAGUUGCAACUCCACCAAACGCACUGGCGUUUUCAUAUGGUCACCUUAAAGUCAUGGACUUGGUAAAACAAUAAACUUACAUAGAUAGCUGA